AUGAAUCCUCAAGUUACCAACAUUGCGAUCAUGUUGAUCAUGUCGCAAGUCUCUCGUCUAUUAGAUCUGUCAGACCCCAAGACUCUAAUGAUUAUACGUUUAUUGUAUGUCUCAACUAAUAUCAUAGCGUUCUGCAUCUAUAGAAUGACUAGACGUAAGAUUCUAAAGGAAAAUAAUUUGAAAAUUAUCAAGUAUAUUAAAUCUGGUAAUUCUUUAUUAAAGGAACCUGAAAAAUUACAAAUUAUUACUGUGAGAGAUUAUGAUUUAGAUCAAAUCCAAAGUUCAAUCAACGGUAUUUAUUCUAGUAUUGCUAUGAUGGUUGUCAUGCAUGGAGUUAUGAAAUAUAACAAUCCUUUAUUUAUGCAAUUCAUUGGACCUAUCAAGGGUGCCUUUGAGAAUACUUUAGUAAAGAUUAAUUUACUCGGUAAAGAUGAUGAUGGUAAAAGACCAUUCAAAUCCCAACCUUUGUUUGGUAAGAUCCCAACUGGCGAAGACAUGAGAACCGAUAAGAAAUCCAUUGAACAAUUAGAAGUCGCAGGUAACGGUGGUAUUAAGUACGAAUAG